AUGGCUCAGCAUCUCCCCAAACUCGCCGACUGGGAACAAGUUAGCACCAACGUGGUGAGGAUCCUAGGUGGAAAUCCAAGCAAGUUCACCCUCCAAGGCACAAAUACAUACCUGCUGGGCCAGGGCUCCGAGCGACUCCUCAUCGACACAGGCGAGGGCAAGAAACAAUGGACCGACACACUCCGCACCGUCCUCGACGUCCACAAGGCCAAAGUAUCAACAUGCAUAUUAACGCACUGGCACCACGACCACGUCGGCGGAGUCAAAAGUCUCGAAUCCCUUGGACCCAUCAAAGUCUACAAGGCCCAACCCACGCUCAAUCCAGACGGCAUCCUCGAUCCAGACCGCGUACACGAGAUCAGCAACGGCCAACGAUUCAGCACAACCAGCACCGACGGUAAGCCCUUCGAGAUUGAAGCAGUCCACACACCCGGCCACGCCAAAGACCACAUGUGCUUCCUGGUCACGUCGUCUCCGGACCCCAGCGAAGUCGGCUCGCUCUUCACGGCGGAUAACGUCCUCGGCCACGGGACCGCCGUCUUCGAAGAUCUAGCAGCAUACCUCGACAGUCUGCACUUGAUGAAGAGCCGCGCGAAGGGAAAAGCAUACCCAGGCCACGGCGCGGUGAUCGAGGACGCCACGGCAAAGAUAGACGAAUAUAUCGCACACCGGCGAAUGCGCGAAGAAGAAGCGCUCAAUGUGCUGCGGUACGGCACCGUCAAGCCGCCCGGCACGUCAAGCGCCACACACGAUUCAAUCACGAGUUAUGGCGAGAGUGACAGUGAGACCGAAAAGCCCGCUGGGCUAGGCAAAGAAGUCACCGUCGGCAAGGAGUGGGCCAGCAUGGAGAUGGUCAAGGUCAUUUACCGACACUACCCGGAGAGUCUGUACCAACCUGCUGAAUAUGGGGUGUUGAUGGUAUUAGAGAAGCUGAAAAAGGAUGGGAAAGUCGUCAAGACAGAGAGUGGGAAGUGGAGGGUCAGUGAGAAGGCUACGUUGUAG